AUGGUUGAUGCAUGGACCCUGCUUGGGGCUGCUUUCGUCCCAGUUAUCAUUGCUGGUAGAGCUUUGCGAACGAGAGCAAGACAUGCUGAGGAGCAAAGAUUAAGAAGUGCGUGGAGCCGGGAGAAGAGUGGGGAUGACAUUUUUGUGUGCGAGAGAGUUUGCACGUCGAAGAGGAUGUUGAAGAAAGUAGGAGCCUUUGCCAAGGAUCCUAUCCCGGAUACUUGCAUUACGGUCUGCGGUGUUUCUGAGCUCGAUGCUUGUGCUGAUGCCUGUGCUCGAACUGUGUGUGUCAACCAACAUCAAGUACCCAACUGGAAUGACAUUUGCCUCCGUAGAUGCCAGAGUGAGUGCCUCAAAUUAUCCGAGUCUCGCAUUGCACGUUGA